AUGCCCAAGACCAAGUCGAAGCGUGUGUCGAAGGCCUGUCUGCACUGUCGACAACGCAAGUCCAAAUGUGACCUGGACAGUAGCGGUAGUCCUGGUGUACCCCCAUGCCAACGAUGCAUCCGUGAGCAUCGCGAAUGCGUGCUUGGUACUUCCAACCGAGGCGGACGACGCAUCCGAAAGGACAAAAUCAAAAGUAUCAUAUCCAGAAACAACAACAACGGCAGCAGCAGCAACAUCAUAGCGACCCCGAAAACAUCGGAUCUGGAUGUGUCGAGUCCAUCGACGACGGAGAAGCGCCCAGGAGGAAGCUCGGCCAGCUAUCGCACUCCGGUGGGUUUUAUGGCCCACAAUCCAUCAACCACCACAGCCUCGGUGUCCGUCGACGACGAGGACUCGACUCCGAUCGAGUCUGUCCCCCGCAAUCCGUCCGAUGCCUGGCAGUGCUUGACGGGGAUUGCCAAGGGGGGCCCCGAUGGCGCGCAACCGACAGAGGGCUUGUCUGAACAUUUACAACCGGGGGCCCUCGAUGGUACCCCAUACAAUGGCCUCCCCAACGGGACGGUAACCGAGUUCAAAUCGAACCAUGGGAUCAGGGCGUACAGGCUCGUCCAGAACGGCUCCCUGGAUCCAGGCACGGUGUGGCAGCUGGUCCACCGGUAUGCCGAGAACUUUCAUCCCUACCUACCGCUCGUGCCCCGCAAAUACUUUGACCGCAACGCCUUGGACACCUUUGCCAGCAAUGAAAAGCAUCUGCUCACAGCCGUGCUCACCAUUGCCUCCAAGGACCUGGAGCGACAGGACAUCCACGAGUACUGUUCCAAAUACAUGCACGAGCUCAUUUCGGGCAUUGCCGCGGGCGCCGACUGCGACGUCGAGGCGGUGGAGGCCCUGCUCCUCCUCGCAGAAUGGGAGCCCCAGGGUCUGCGGUCGCGCGUCGAGAGCGUGGGCCGCGGCGAGGAGGACCGCGCGGCGUGGAUGCACGUUGGCCUCGCGUUGCGAUCCGGCUACUUCCUCGGCCUCGAUCGGACCUCCUUCCGCGGCGACGGCUCGGGCGACCUCGAGCUGGAGGCGCGCAAACGACUCGCCUGGACGAGCUGCUACAUCUCCGACCGUCUGAUCUCCGUCCGAAUCGGCCGAGCCUUCUGGUCGCGCGGCCCAGGCCCCAUGACGGGUCUGGUCAGCCAGGAUUUCCCGUCCCUGCAGCCCGUCAAAGAGGGCGAUGAGGAUUACGCCCGCAUCUUCCAGGCCCUCCUGGAUCUCACCCAGCUGUACGGCAAUGUACAUGAUAUCCUCUACUCGGGCAUGCGCACGAGCAAUCAGAUGAUGCUCAUGGGCGAUUAUGUCAAGUACGUGGACGAUUUCCGACUGGCGAUCCUACGUUGGAAGUCCAAAUGGGGCUCACUGGACUGUUCUCCGCCCAUACAGGUCACAUUAAAGAUGUCGUACGAAUACCUGCGGCUGUACACAAACGCAUUCGCCUUCCAGGCGACCAUCUCGCAAUCCCUAGUCUCCAAACCGCAUGCCAAUUCCCAGUCGCAAAGGGAACAUCUGAAGACGAUGUUCAGCAACCUGGCCUCCAUGCAGGACGCGCGCUUCAUCUUUGAAUCCAUCGACGCUGCCAAGGCGUACCUGUCCAUCCUGGUCGACACCGUCGAUCCAGAGAAACACCUGCACUUUAUGCCGCUUCGAUUCUAUCUGUACGGCAUCUACGCCGCCGUGUUUUUGUACAAGGCCCGCUCCUUUGGCGUAUUACAUUCCGAAGAAUUCCAGCUCCGCGACCUGAUCACCCGGAUGACCGAGGUGCUGCAUCGCGCCAGCACAGGCCCGGACGACAUUGGCGCCCGGUAUGCGCGCCUGCUCGAGCUGCUGUGGAAGGUGAAAGCCGUGAACACCGCGUCGCCGGCGAGCACCCACAAAAGCAACCCCGGCGGGAAUAGAGCCAAGAACAAUAGUAUUAGUAGUAAUGGCGAUCUAGGGAUGCACCACCACCACCACCAGCAACAACAACAGGCCUCUUCUUCUUCUGCUUCCUCCCUGGGCCGCACGACAGGAGAAUACCCAUACCUCAACUUCAGCCCGGCGAACGAUUUCUCCUGGCUGGAUCUCGAGGCCGUGGGCGACUUUGUCUCCGGCGACCAGAUGCCCGGCGCUGGAAUGUUAGGCUUCGAGACGUACAUGAACAUGAACCCGGACCCGUACGGCUCGGGUUCCGGCUCAAAUCCUGACCGUGGGCAGUUGUGGCAGAUGUCUUGGGUGGGGGAUACCAAUAGCUUGUUGUUUUAA